CCAGUUGCCCAAAGUGGGCCUGGAGGAACAGGAAGGGUGUAUGUGGGAGUGUCAGACUCCUUAAGUGCUGUCCACUGUCCAGGAGAGCAGCCCUGCCAUGGCCAGCUCCAGGCUAAGCCUGGUGGUGCUGCUGCUGCCCGCCCAACCCUUGAAGGCUCAGCACUGGUCCCAUGGCUGGUACCCUGGAAGAAACAGUUCAUCCCAAGACCCCCAGAAUGCCCUUAGGACCCCAGGUGAGAUUCUGGGCACUGCAGCAGGCAGCCCAGCCCAGACUGCCUGUAGCCUCCCAAGCGAUACCCUGACUUCCCUCAAAGACAGAGUGCCCUGGGAGGGCAGGACCAUGACCCAGUGGUGGUUCAAACCGCCAGGAAGCAGCACCUGCUACAGAUACUGCUGGUAAGUGGGGUGAGAGGCCCCCACCAUUCAAGACCAGUCACUGGUCACCAGUGGCCAAGGUGGCUAAGGGCUGGGGGCUGUGAGGGGUAGAAUGAGACACCACUGGGAUGCCCCCUGCCACAGCACCCCAGCUGUCUCUGCCCCUACACACACAGCAGGGUGCCAUCUGUUAACCUUCCUAUUUCCCAGAAUUCUGGGACAAUUUAUAAAAUACUUAGGUUAAAGUAAAAGAUUGAAGUCACUAGUGAGGUAGGAGAUAAUUGUAGUAGAAAGCUCCAUUAAGAAGGCAAUGGGCCCAGGCGUGGUGGCUCACACCUGUAAUCCUAGCUCUCUGGGAGCCCGAGGCAGGAGGAUCGCUCAAGGUCAG